CAAGAAUUACAAUCAUAGCUUACCUCGUUAUAUAGGUGGACAAGCACACCUUUUGGCCUAGUCUCGGCUUGUUGGGAAGCAGUCAGCUAUGAGGUUCCAUUAUCUGCUAUUUGCAUUCCUCAUCUUGUUCCUGGUGCCUGCUCCAGGGGAUGCAUUCAUCCGGAAAACCAUCCAAAAAUUAUUCUGCAGAAUACGAGGCGGCCGGUGUGCUAUGUUUAGCUGCCUUUUAAAGGAAGAACAAAUAGGUCAAUGUUCUAAUAGAGGUCGGAAAUGCUGCCGGAUGAAGAAGAAAUAGAAGAUCCAGAUUCAGGACGAGACUGCCACUAUCUGGCCAUGGGGGGGCAGUCCUCUUGGGGGUGUGUGACAGCAAAAUCAAAGUAAUAUAUCUAUUUUUUUUAAAUCAUAAGC